UUGCCGCGCUCCGCCGCCGCGGCCGUUGGGAGCGCGCAGCCCCGCGCGGCGCGGGCGUGGCGGGAUUAGCGCUGCUCCUCGCUAAAUCCUGCGCUGUGGCCAGGCCGCGGCUUUAGCGCUGAGCCCCGCUCCUCCCCCCAAGCGCCCUGCCUGCCCGAGCCCAGCUAAGCCGCGCUAAUCGCCGGCGCCCAGCUCGGCCGGGGCCGCUGGGCCCGAUCGUGGGCAGCGCUCCCCCCUGCCCGUCGCCCUUCCUCGCCCGUGCGCGGCCAUGGAGCCGCCGCGAGCGCGGUACUGCGCCCCGUCGUCGCCGCCGGGUCGAGGCGGGCGGGAGAACAAGGGGCUCCGUCGGAAGGGCCCGCCGGGAACCGGGAGCGCCGGGGGCCCCGAGGAGGCGGCGGACAGCAGGAAGCCUAAAUUCCACUUAAAUAUCAAGACACUGACAGAUGAUGUGUUGGAUAGAUUUGCCAGUAUAAGAAUUCCAAAAAGUAAAAAAGAAAGACCUCCUCUGCCACAUAUGAAGCAGUCACAUUCUACAGAUUGGUCAUCCACACCCAUGGACCCGGAGGAUUUUGCUACAAAACCAUUGUCGGAAAGAGAAAUCAUAGCACUGUUUGAAAAAAUGAUGGAAGAUAUGAAUUUAAAUGAAGACAAGAAGAUGCCAUUGAGAGAAAAGGAUUUUAAUACCAAAAAAGAAAUGGUGAUGCAAUAUAUUAGCACUGCUUCCAAGUCUGGAAGUCUCAAGAACAGUAGGAAGAUUUCUCCGCAAGAAUUUAUUCAGGAUUUAAAAUCUGGGUCAACGGAUGAAAGACUAGUCACUUGCUUAGAAUCUCUCCGUGUGUCCUUGACUAGUAAUCCUGUCAGCUGGGUUGAAAACUUUGGCCAAGAAGGUCUGGGACUUCUGUUGGAUGUUUUGGAGCGAUUGGUUGAGACAAAAAAUCAGGACAGACUUGUGAAAAGGAGUCAGCAUAAAGUUAUACAGUGUUUGAGAGCAUUCAUGAAUAAUAAGUAUGGGUUGGAAAGAAUUUUGGGAGAAGAGAGAAGUCUUUUGUUGCUGACCAAAGCAAUUGAUCCCAAGCAAACUAACAUGAUGACGGAUAUAGUUAAACUCUUAUCUGCAAUGUGCAUCGUUGGAGAGGAAAACAUCCUUGAAAAAAUAUUGGAAGCUGUAACAGCAGCAGCAGAGAAGAGGAAUGUUGAUAGAUUCUCUCCUAUUGUAGAAGGUCUUCAGGAUAACUCAGUUCAGCUGCAAGUAGCUUGCAUGCAGCUCAUCAAUGCUCUCGUUACAUCUCCUGAUGACUUGGAUUUUAGGCUUCACAUCAGAAAUGAAUUUAUGCGCAGUGGAUUGAAGGAGAUAUUGCCACAACUACAAUGUAUAAAGAAUGAAGCACUAGAUAUUCAGCUGAAAGUGUUCAAUGAGCAUAAAGAAGAAGACAUGAUUGAAUUCUCUCAUCGUUUAGAAGAUAUUAGAUCUGAACUAGAUGAAGUAAAUGAUGUUUACAACAUGGUGUGGAAUACAGUUAAGGACACUAGUGCUGAAGGAUAUUUUCUUUCUAUUCUCCAACAUCUUUUGCUGAUAAGAAAUGACUAUUUUAUACGUCCACAGUAUUUCAAAUUAAUUGAAGAGUGUGUGUCACAGAUAGUGUUACAUCGAAGUGGAACAGACCCAGAUUUCACGUAUCGUAAGAGAUUAGAUAUAAAUUUCAGUCACUUACUAGAUGUUUGUGUAGAUAAAGCAAGAUUAGAAGAAUGUGAAGAGAAGGCUUCUGAACUUUCCAGAAAAUUUGAAAAAGAUUUUGUAGUUCAUCAGGAGACCCAGGCCCUGCUGCAAAAAAAAGAGGACAGAAUCAAUGAACUUGAAAGAGAAUUACAAGCUUUUAAAUCACAGUAUGGCUCUGUGCCACCUGGUUUUCUGCCAUCAACUCAUGGAGAUGCAUCUGUUGUUCCACUGGAAGGAGCAGGACCACAUCAAUUUCCACCCCCUCCUCCUCCACCGCUGCCUUCUAACAGAGCAAUCCCACCACCACCACCUCCCCCUCCUCCUCCACCACUUCUGAAUAGCUUGGGAGCUCCUCUGGGUUUUGGUGGUGCUCCUCCACCACCGCCUCUACCAGGCCUGCCUGGAAUACAGUGGUCCCCGCCUUCCUGUGCUUUGCCAUUUGGAAUGAAGCCUAAAAAAGAAUUCAAACCUGAGGUUACCAUGAAAAGACUCAACUGGUCUAAGAUCAGGCCUCAGGAGAUGACAGAAUCCUGUUUUUGGGUUAAGGCAGAAGAAGACAAGUAUGAGAAUGCUGACAUGCUUUGCAAAUUGGAACUUACGUUUUGUUGUCAAAAAAGGGGAGGUGACCUGACUUCUGCUGAAGAAGUAUCAUUAAAAAGAGAGGAGGAGGAUUUUGAAGAAAAGAAGUCCAUUAAGAAACGAAUCAAAGAAUUAAAAGUUUUGGACCCUAAGAUUGCACAGAAUCUGUCAAUUUUCCUUGGAUCUUUCCGAGUGCCUUAUGAAGAGAUCAAAAUGAUGAUACUGGAAGUAGAUGAAACACAGCUCUCAGAGUCCAUGAUUCAGAAUUUAAUAAAACACCUCCCUGAACAAGAGCAAUUGAAUGCAUUGUCCAAGUUCAAGAACGAGUAUAACAAUUUGUCUGAGCCAGAGCAGUUUGGUGUUGUGAUGAGCAACGUGAAGAGACUACGGCCACGGCUCAGUGCUAUUCUUUUUAAGCUUCAGUUUGAGGAGCAGGUGAACAACAUCAAACCUGACAUCAUGGCUGUCAGUGCUGCCUGUGAAGAGAUAAAGAAGAGUAAAAGCUUUAGCAAGCUACUGGAACUAGUAUUGUUAAUGGGAAACUACAUGAAUGCAGGUUCUCGGAAUGCACAGACCUUUGGAUAUAAUCUCAGCUCGCUAUGUAAACUGAAGGACACAAAGUCGGCAGACCAGAAAACCACGUUGCUUCAUUUUCUUGUAGAAGUUUGUGAAGAAAGGUAUCAGGAUGUCCUGAAUUUUGUUGAGGAUUUUCAGCAUUUGGAUAAAGCUAGUAAAGUCUCAGCAGAAAACCUGGAGAAGAGCCUCAAGCAUAUGGAGCGGCAACUUCAACAGCUUGAGAAGGAUUUGCAGACUUUUCCAGUUCCUGAAGAUAAGCAUGAUAAGUUUGUAGCAAAAAUGUCAAGCUUCCUAGAUCAUGCCAAAGAAGAUUUUCAGAAACUUUCACGGAUGCAUGAGAACAUGGAAAAACUCUAUCAGAAUGUGAUGGGGUAUUAUGCCAUUGACCUGAAGAAAGUUUCCGUGGAGGAGUUUUUAACAGACUUAAACAACUUCAGGAUGAUGUUCAUGCAAGCAAUAAAAGAAAAUAUGAGAAGAAGGGAAGCAGAAGAAAAACAAAGACGUGCAAAAAUAGCUAAGGAGAAGGCAGAAAAAGAAAAACUAGAGAGACAACAAAAGAAAAAACGCUUGCUAGAAAUGAAAACAGAAGGUGAGGAGACUGGAGUGAUGGAUAGCCUGUUGGAGGCCUUGCAGUCAGGUGCGGCUUUUCGAGACCGAAGGAAAAGGAUACCAAGGUCCAAAGACACAUCACAAAAUCUCAGUCCAACCACACAGCGGCCUGUGCUGAAAGCUUGUAACCAUGAGAACCAGAAAGGACAGCCAGAGAAGCCGUGUUCACACCACAGUAUCAGUUUAAACUCGACAAGAAGCCCAGUCACCAAAGAAGUUACAUAUGAUGUGGAAACAAGUUCUAAGGCGUUGAGCAGGGCUGUUGGGAGAAAGGAAGCCUGUCAUGGAGAAGGUGGCAAAGAAAAGAAAAUGGAUCGUAUUGGGUCCCCUCCUAAGGGAGAAGCCAUUCCAGAAGUAGAAGCUCUCUUGGCGAGACUGCGAGCACUAUAGAAUAAUCAUAUAACAGAUUAAAUAAAAGUUAAAAAUAAUAGCCUACACUACAUCUUUAAAGAAAUAAUAAUUUUCUAUUUUUGAUGUUACAUAUUUCUGACUUUCUAACUUCUCUGUGGAUGAAUGAUCUGUUUCUAAACUUUAUUUGCAAGACUAUACAAACAAUACUAUAGUUUUGCAUAACUGCAAGAUUAGUUUUUAAUAUAUGUUUUUACUUAAUAAGCCUAUGAAAAGUAUCAGAAGAAGAUAAAUACUAAAUUGUUCCAAAGCACAAUCCUUUUAGUGGACAGGCUGCUAACCAUCUGUUUGGAGUGCUUCUGAAAAUCGGAAUAUCUUUUAAGUAUUGUUGAAUCAUCAUGCCUGAGAAUAGGGUCAAUAAAUAACAGAAAAGGUAUUCUUAUAUUUUCUACUGUAAUUUUUAUAUUUAAGAGGCUAAAGCACCAAAUAUGGAUCAUGAUAAUGUCCUUUACAAUUACAGUAAUAUACAGUAUCAGCCAUAUUCCAGUUUGAGCUCAUCAAAGAGCAUCAAAGCUCUUUAUAGAAGAGAAUACAUCUACAUUAUAGAUAUAUUUACUAAAUGGUAAUCCAUGGGCAAUAAACAAAAAAUAUGCAAAUAAUGUAUUUUAUGUGUAAUUAAUAUAUCCCUGCUUUUAAGGUUAUUAUGAUUAUUAUAUCAAAAUAAUAUAUACAAGUGCUUUGAUUGCAAUGUUUUGCAAUUGUGUCUUUAGCUGGGGAAAAUGUCUUCACAGUUAUUUACCAGUGUAAUAUUUUAUCUUUUCACAUGCGAAUUAAUAUGUUUCUAUAAAAGGAACAUGUAAUGGAGAAGAUUUUUCAAUUGGUUUUUCACAAACUCAUUUUCCAGUAGCCCAUAAAGUUUUACUUGCUGGCACAACAGGAGUUUUGCAAGUGAUUGCAUCUCUUUUAUCCCACUGUCACUGUACAGGGUUGCGUGUUUGCUAUCAUAUUUAUUAAUUGCACAUCAGAAAGAGUUACUACCAAUGUUACUAAGUAGGGAGCUAUUGUUAGUCUCUUUGCUCCGUUAUUUAAAGCUUCCUUAAUAUAAGAGUGUAUUAGGAAUCUAAUAUCUUUCAUCUAAAUUACUUUAUUUUUCUUUACAAGAUGCUGAAAAAUAUGUCUUUCAAUAAGAGUCAGUUACAUGAAACCAGUGUUUCAAUGCUCCAGUGCUUUUUAUAUCCUUGUUUAAGUUGCCUUUGUACUCCUGCACUAAACAUUAAUAAAGUUAAUUAGAACUCGAAAA